GACUCGGCUAGGUAGGUAGGUGCUCGACCCGGACGCAGUCGGGAGAAAACAAGCAGCAGGCAGCCUGCUAUUCUCGCGUAGCGCGCGGCUUUUUUCCCGUACGAGAGUUGGCGUUCCAGACGCGAACGACAAAAAGGGACAAGUGGAAAGCCCGUUUGGACUGAUCGCGCAGAGUACGGAUGACACGAGAGUGCGGCUAGUCACAGGCGCGCGCGUGGCUCGGGGAUCUGUAGAAGAGAAAGAGACAGACCGAGAGAGAGAAGCGAGACACGGAGACGACUAGAGGAUAGGACCGAUCACCGCAGGACGGACGGUUAUGAUGGAGAUCGCAGGGCAGCGGAUGCGACAACGUGAAAAAACUGACGUUCGAUAAUACGCCGCGCGACAAGUUCAUUGAACCCUUUCGGGGACCUAGGGUCGCCGUCGCAGUUGAUGCGCUCGGAGCUUUAACGGCCAGGUGGAGGCGGAGGGGGUGAAGAGCGAGAAGAGCAAAGGGUAGUCCGCGACGGGCGAUCAACGAAGAUACAUUCCGCGUUGCACGCGCGCAUCCAGAGCCAGCCAGCUGGACCUUGGAAUUGUGAUCGAUCUCCGGGAGCGCCGAACAAAUCACGGACGAUUAUCGCGAAAAGGAGAGAGAAAAAUAGUGUGUGUCUAUGUAUGUGUAUGUGUGUGUUUGUGAUCAACGCAUCCUCUCGUUUCUCUCGUCGGUAUUCCAAUUCCCUACGGGGUGUUCGAGCUUUUCCGCGGGAGAUUCGCGCGUCAUCCUCGCGUAUGUAGCGUCGUUUGUCGCGCUGCGACCAGACGCGCCAGUGCCGAGGGUGAGGGUGAUCGUCGUGGGAGAAGAUGCGCGCUUGAAGAGAGAAAGAGAGAAAGCGAGAAAGCGAGAGAGAGAAAGAGAGAGAGCGAGAGCUAGGGAAGUCUUCGUAGUCAUCGGAGGACGCGUUCUUCGCAUCGGUGGCGGCCGCGCUUUUAAUCGCCGGUUGCAUGUGGGUCACGAGUUGCAUUCGCCGCAGCUAAUGAGAUAGAGAAGAUUUACCGAGCCAAGAGGAAGAAAAUGUGGAGCUCGGUUACCGCGGCUGGUACGGAAAAUGGGCCAGCACCACCUUCCAGAAGCAAACACAGUGCCACCUUACUCGCCGGUCACGUGUACCUACUCGGGGGUAGAAAUGGAAACCUACCGCUCAAAGAUCUCUGGCGAUAUUGCCUCGCGGAGAGCAAAUGGGAGGAACUGCAUCCGGAGGGUGAGAGACCGCCGGCGCUUCAGGAACACAGCGCGGUAGCCUACAAGGAUUGUCUCUACGUUUUCGGGGGCGAGUUGGGCUUCUCCGCCGGCACGGAAACGCCGCUCUGGGUCUACAAUGUUAAGACGAACUCGUGGCGGAAGGUAAGGGCACAACGGGGCUGCGCGGUGCCUCGAGGUCGCAGAGGUCACACCGCACUGGUGCAUCGUGGACAGAUGUUGAUUUACGGCGGUUAUCAGGACUUGCGCGGAAGUUCACCCGAGUUGUGGGCCUUUCAUUUCGAGACCGAAUCUUGGCACCUACUCUCGUCGAGCGAGAGCGGACCAGCGGCGCGACACAAACACUCAGCGGUGCUGCACGGCGACGCGAUGUACGUCUAUGGUGGGAUGACGGAUUUACAAGAGAGGAACGACUGUUGGCGAUGGGACGUCAACAGUGCCUCGUGGUCCAUGCUGAAGAACAAACCAGGGCCUGGGCCGCUGCACGGUCACGCGGCAUGCAGACUGCCGAGCUGCAUGCUAAUUUUCGGCGGUGAGAGCGGCGGUCUGGCGACGAACGAGCUGUGGAGGUUUCAUUUCGGCACGGAAACCUGGGAGAAGCUGUCCGUGCCGGGACCGAAACCGCAGCCGAGAGCCGAGAGCGUGGCUCUCGCGGUAUCCGAGUUGCUAAUUCGCGGCACCAACGUGGACAAUCCGAAACCGCGGCCGCGGGGUCAAAGGCCGAGACUCUCGAGCAACCGAAUGUCGCCGAAUGAGGCGCCAACCCGACCGAGCUUUCUCAAGGAAAUCUCGAAGUUGUCGCAGAUCAACCUGUCGCGACUCAGUCAUCCGACCAAGUGCAGCUAUUCGGUGCUGAGCGGACACGACGACAACGAGGAGAGCCCUCAGGAGGCGAACACGUAUUAUUCUUUUCAGCAAGUGGACGUCGAGGUGGUGGAACCGUCCACGGGUAUGGUAAAGUCUCGCAGUGCCAACACACUGGCCAGACGGAGACAGAAAGCGCCGGAGGGCACGCCGCGGUCGACGGCCGACGUCGUCGGCGGCGUGAACAACGCCGCCGUCGCUUCUGGUAUGACCAGAGAUCCUAUAUCGGUGCCAAACUUUCGUGCUUUGACGUUGCCAACACCUGUUCUCACGCCUGUAGAGGCCGCCCGAUUGGUCUUCGUAGACCCGGACGAGAACAGCGACGAGGAGCGCAAGGAGCCACCCACGUCGAGAUUGAUCGAGGUGCAGGAAGAGAGGCGAGAUUUCGCGGCGGUACACCAAGCCUGCCAACCGACCCGUGGCGAGAGCUAUAGCUCACACUUGUACGAGGCCGCGUUGCAGACUCCCAAGACUCCGACGACCACCAAGAUCCCCACAUCCGCGUCUGUGCGUUUUGCCGACCUCGAAGAAGGCGAAGAAUCGACGUCGGACUACGCGAGCAUCGAGGCGAGGAGCCCAGGCGACCCGCUCGCGGAUGACGACUGGGUGUCCGGCAGGAAGUCGAAGCCGCACCGGCCCAUCGUCACUUCAUCAACGAUACGUGAGGGCCAGUUUGGCUUCUGCAACCCGAACUACCUCGGCUUGGACGAAGCGAGAAGCCACCAUCAUCAGCAACAGCAACAGCAAGACGGCAAAUACGCCAAAUUGCUCAACAGUCCACCCGACAGCGUGCUCGAGGACGAACCCGGCAGGUCGGCCUCGCAGACCUUCGCUGAGCUCUUGGAGCUUCAAGAGAUUCGGAGGGUGCCACGCGCACCCCCUAAAAGCCUGCCGCUGGGCUCGCCCUCGAGGAGAGCGGUGAGCGCGUCCAGGGCCGAAAGGCAAAGGGCAAAGGUGGCGGCAGUGGACGCGACCGACGCGAAAACGCCCUCCUAUGGACCGGCGCCCUUGUACGUUUUUUUGGUCGGCGGUAAAGAGAAGGGUCAGGUGACGGUGUUCGCGAGGCCGGUCUCUCUGUGGAAGCUGCAGCUGGCGCCGCAUAUCUUCUAAAGUCAUGACACGAUCCGCGCGAAUCGACAGUCGUCUGUACGCCAGUCAGUCAGUGAUAAGGGAGAGCGCAAGAUUACCGAUAACAGAAGCGCUUCGUGUUUUUCGUUGACCUUAUGUGUUCUUUAUGUCGCGUGUUCCGCAGCCGGCGGGUAGAAAGUUGCAACAACUUUUUUGCAACGACUUUCGCAACCCAUUCGUGCUACGAGAAUUUUUCUUUUUUGAGUAACUAUCAGGAAAUAAAGUUUCGCAAUUUUCAAUUUAAAAUUUAAAAACUAAAAAUAUUUAAAAUUUCAAUAUCUCUGGCUUUAAAAUUUCUAAUUAAUUUCGAGUAUCAUUUAAAGUACAAUUCUAAUUAAUUUCAAAUUUAAAGUAUCAUUUAAGCCUCUAGCUACGAAACUGGCUGUGGCGCUGUAUACAGAUUUCUCUGCCGCGAUGUGCAUGUAAACGAAAAUGCACACAACUUUUAAAAACCACGAAAAAAAGUGAGAGAUAACGACUUAGAAAUUACUAAGAAAUGGUUUGGCGGAAAGCCACUUUAGUGGCGCUUCGUCAAACAGAAUGACUUACAGAGAAGCCACUUUAGUGGCGCAUAGUAGCUAGAGAGUUAAAAUAGAAUUUUUCACUUAAAAUUUUUCAUUGCACGAGUUCUCAAAUUUUGCAAAGUAUUGCAACUUUUUUUUUCUCCCGCCGGCUAUAUAUAUAUUUGUCGCCUUGAAAUAUUUUAUUGUGAUUUAUUUGAUCGCGUUAACAACGCCGACUUCGACGAAAUGUUGUACAAAUGUUCUUUGUUUAUUCGUUCAGUUUUUAUUCGUUUGAUUUCACAAUUGUUAGCUGUUCUUUUACGUUGAAGUUUGAGUUUCGCCGUGGUUCUGCGCUGCGGUAACCUGCUUUGGUAUGCCUUCAACCUUGGAGGUCGCGAGGAAUCGGAAGAAUCGAAGUAUCGCGUGACACGCCGGAGCGGCGGUUCUCGUGCAGUUUUUUUUUCUUUCUCGAGAACAUCGUCGACGUGUAGAUGUGCAAUUCAGAGGUACGCUUCGAAGAGGUAAAACCAAUCGCGAGAUGGACAGCCGGCCGAAUGAGAAAUAUAUAAAGGUCUUCGCGUUUGAUUUAAUAAUGCGCCGUGGGUAGGUAGGUCGAUAGAUAGAGUAUAAGCACGUAUCUAUAGCGUAGACAUUAAAAUUCGCGCGAGAAUUUACUCUGCCGCGUCGUUCCUUCCGCCGCGUUCUCGACUUAAUAACGCCGCGAUCUGCGCCGCGUCCGAAACACCGUUGUCUCGACAUUUUUAUACGGAAUAUCCAAGUUCUCUUACGUUAGAGUUUAGUGCAAAAGAUUCGUCGUUUAUCCGUUCCAUUCGCGCGGAAACCGAAAGUUCUCGUUCGACGUCUGAAAGAAAUAUCGAGUCCACGUUUACUUUAUUCGUAAGAAUUAUCAAAAUAAUUCGUUAAAAAAUUUUCAAACAUUGUCGGACGAACCUGUCAGUACUUCGAAAUUGAAUGUCGUUACCGAUUUUACCCGACAAAUGCGAUCAAGCUUUUGCACUGACCUGAUACUUUCGUCCGUAGAGUCUAUAUUGAAAUACGUUGUAUCAUUCGCAGAGAAAUAUUCGUCGAAUCGAUACUCCUGUUGUGUAUAUGCGUGCGUGUGUAAGAGUGUGGGAGCAUAUGUGGGUAAGCGUGUAUAAAACGCGGGUAUUUAAGACGACGCGGCCGUGAAAUGAUACUCGCUGGGCUCAUAUUGAACCCCAGUCGAUUCAAGUGUUCCCUACGUAAGUUUUGUAAAACCACAAUGAAUGUUUAUGCAAUGACGUACACCAAGUCAAAAUGAAUGCGUGUGUGCGUGUGUGUAUGUGCGCGCGUGUGUCUGUAACGUUGCAUCGAUCCUCCAUUCCAUCACUGAUGUUUUAUCGACAAACCGCCGACGCGACGCGUGAUCCUAUUAUUUAUCAUCGUAUCCGUCUUUCACUGUACGUAAUAUACGUAACUUAUUCGUAAGAUAACAAACCACAGACUUCCCGAUUGCCAAAGCUUCGUGUUGUUCGCGAAUAAAGCAUUAGAACCAAUUAAGAAAAUCGACUGGCUUGAUCUGCGCUCGACUGCCAUCGCGAUCGCGACAGAUAGAGAAACGGAGAAAGAGAAGAAGGAGGGGGGAGGGGGGAGAAAAAGGGAAAACUCGAUAUAUGUGUAAAGUAUAAAUUAGAAUUAACGUUGGAGCCGUAAGCUUACGUAAAUAAUAGCGUCGGGGACAUCGAUCGAGAAUUAACGAUCGAGUCGCGGUUGUGUCUACUUUAGAGUUUAUUAAGCGAUCGAACCGAGCGAUUCUACUAUUCUGCAGUGUAGGUAGAUUUUUAUAAAGGAAUUUUAAAGUAUCCGUAUUCUCGACACGAGAGAGAAAGGGAAAAACAAAGCGAGAGUGAAAGCGAGAAAGUGAGUGAGUGAGAGAGAGAGAGAGAGAGAGAGAGAGAGAGAGAGAGAGA